AGGCUCUCUCAUUACAUGAGGCUAAACAAAGGUGCUCUACAGGAUCCAGGACGGCGAUCUCGCACCACCUCCGAGUCUUCCACUCACUCUGGAGGAAGAGAACGCAGUAACUCGGCCAUCAAGCAGGUCUCUCCACCUCCGCCUUCAAUUCCUGAACAACCCCACAAAGAAGAGGCCAAGAAAGUCAAGAAAGACUCCCCGAAAAAGAGCGGUGGUGGUGGCUGGCUGAACUGGCUCUAUAGGAAGGGGAGAAAUGAGGCUCACUUGCCAGAUGACAAAAACAAAUCAAUUGUGUGGGAUGAACAGAAACAGAGAUGGGUCGACUUGAACGAGCCUGAAGAGGAG